AUGGACUCCAUGCUGACAGUAAUAGUGCAGAACACUCCUCCCUCCAGAAUGGGCAAGGAGCUGCAGAACAAGUUGCAGGCCACUGAAGAAGUGCUCCUUGCUGCUACAGAGCUCCUCAAGUGGAGGCAGCUCAAAGACCUGAUGCAGACACAGCAAACUUGGAGGAUUGGGGUGGCCACGCGGCACCUAGAGGACCAAAGCACAGAGAAACUGGAUGAGAUCUGCAGUGCGUGGAGUCACAGUCUAUCCCUUGGAACACGCUGGGCUGGAAGAGGACCAGGAUGCUGCACUGGCACUGCCAUGGCUUCAUGUUUUCCUGUAGAUAUUUCAGCGUUUCAAUUCUUUGCCUGUGAAGGUGUGGAAAGACCAGAGGAGGGCAGGCAGAGUCCGGGAUGGAAAAAAGCAGCAGCUACAAAGAGAUGCUUAAAAUAUGUCAGAGAAAUCAAUAAUCCAAAUGAAAUAAAGGACAGAGUUUUUGUUGGCAGUGAUGAGAUCGAUAAAAGAGGUACCAGGGCAAUUAAAAAGGACUUUAAGGCUUUGGGUCAAUUAGUUGAUGGGACAGCAGCACAGGUGGUGUUUGCCUCAGUUCCUGCAGUAGCAGGGAUGAAUGAAUAG